AGAGGCACAAUCCCUGAGAGAAAAGAACAAGGAAGAAGAUAAAAGAAGGGAGGCAGUAGCUGUUUCGAGCACCAAAUGGCACUAGCUCGUAGGGAAGCAAAAAGGGGUCAAGAAAACCGUCUGAGAGUGGUUGAAAGAGGAUGUCAUUCCUGAGACACGUGAAGAAGAAAUUAAGAUUGUAUGAGGAAAAGAUAAGAGACAAGGGGACAUCUUCAAGUUGUCUUUUGCCAUUCAUAGCCCACCUGGCAGUACACAAAAUGAGUUCCAAAUAUAGUUUGGUUGCGCUUCUCUUGUUACUUCUCCACCCUAUGGUUCUCUCGGGACCUUCUAAUGGGAUAAUUAGAGUUGGAUUGAAAAGGAACAAAAUUGAUUCAAAGGAAGGAGCAACAUUGAGAGAUGUUAGGCCUCUUGGUGGCUAUGAAAAUUCUGAUGACACAAGUGAUAUUCAGCUAAAGAACUACAUGAAUGCUCAAUAUUUUGGUGAGAUUGGUAUUGGUACUCCUCCUCAAAAAUUUACUGUCAUAUUUGACACUGGAAGUUCCAAUCUUUGGGUGCCUUCCGCUAAGUGUUACUUUUCAGUUGCUUGCUAUUUGCACUCAAGAUACAAGUCAAGCCAAUCUAGCACUUACAAUAAAAAUGGAUCAUCAGCUGAGAUCCAUUAUGGAACUGGGCAAAUUUCAGGUUUCUUUAGCCAGGAUCAUGUCAAGGUUGGAGAUUUGGUUGUUUAUGAACAGGAUUUUAUUGAGGCAACUAGAGAGCCUAGCAUCACAUUUUUGGCAGCCAAAUUUGAUGGCAUUUUAGGGCUAGGAUUUCAAGAGAUAUCUGUCGGCAAUGUUGCUCCUAUCUGGUACAAUAUGCUCAAUCAGCAGCUUAUAUCACAACCAGUUUUUUCAUUCUGGUUAAACCGCAAUACUGAUGAGGAACAAGGCGGUGAGAUUGUAUUUGGUGGAGUUGAUUCUGAUCAUUACAAGGGUGAGCACACAUAUGUUCCAAUUACUCAUAAAGGCUAUUGGCAGAUUGAAAUGGGAGACGUACUAAUUGAUGACAAAACAACUGGAUUUUGUGCUACCAAGUGCUCUGCAAUUGUUGAUUCUGGAACCUCUUUAUUAGCUGGCCCAACGGCUGUCAUCGCUCAAAUCAAUCAUGCAAUUGGAGCUGCUGGUGCUGUGAGCCAAGAAUGCAAGGCAGUGGUUGCUCAAUAUGGAAAAACCAUACUGGAUAAGCUGAUAAAUGAGGCCUUGCCACAACAAAUUUGCUCUCAAAUUGGUUUAUGUACUUUUGAUGGCACACAAGGUUUAAGUAUGGGCAUCCAAAGUGUGGUUGACGAAAACAUAGAGAAGACAUCUUAUAGUUGGAAAGAUGCUGGAUGCACAGCUUGUGAGAUGGCUGUGGUAUGGAUAAAAAAUCAGCUAAGAUUAAAUGAGACAGAAGAUCAGAUCUUAGAUUAUGCCAAUGAGCUCUGUGAUCGGCUUCCGAGUCCAAAUGGAGAAUCAGUUGUUGAAUGCAGUACUUUAUCUGAACUGCCUAAUGUUUCAUUCACCAUAGGGGGCAAAGUGUUUGAUCUUUCCCCAGAGGAGUAUAUUCUUAAAGUGGGAAAAGGAGCCACAGCACAAUGUAUUAGCGGAUUUAUAGCUUUAGACAUUGCUCCUCCUCGUGGACCUUUAUGGAUUUUGGGAGACAUUUUCAUGGGUCGCUAUCAUACAGUAUUCGAUUAUGGCAAUAUGAAAGUUGGAUUUGCUGAAUCAGCGUAAGACACUGCUAACAAAGUUGAUAAUAUGUAUUUUAAUUUAAUUGCUUGCUUGGGAAGAAACUACUGCUAAUUUAUUUCCCUGGAAUAUGAUUAGUAAGAAAGUUGAGGUAAUAUAUAUCGUACAAUACUGUCUUGUCCAAUCAUUGUGCCUUAUCCAGACACUACUAUAACAAACUCUAAGCUUGUGAUAAAUGUAUGUAAAUACUCUUCUGUGAUACUAUUGUCAUAUAUAAAUUAGCAGUAACA